UCAGCUGUCAUUCGUUUAAUUUUUUCCUCAAACUUAGUAAAGAAAAAUGCAGUGCUAGUUGUUUUUUUAUAAUUUCUAUUAUUUAUAACAAUUUAUUUACAACGAAUUUAUUAAAAAUUAUAAAUUUAUUAUUUAGUUUAAUGAAAUAAUAUAAAAUAUUGAAGAAAAUAUUAAAAAUUAAACAUAAAAAUUGUAAAAGAAAAAAAGUGUAUUUUUCGAGAGCAAGAGAUUUUUUUUCUCGUAAAAAACAACAGCUGCCCUUUUUUGUAAUAAAGCACGUAAAAAAAAGAAGAGUAAAAUCUAAUUACUUGACAAGAACACAAAGAGCUACAUAGAUAAAUAUUAAACCAAAAAAGGAACACCCUUUUUAAGCAAUAAAAAUAAACAAAAAUAAUUGACAAAUAUGUUGUUAAAGAAAAUUUUAUAAUAAAAGUUUAAAUUACGUUUUUUUUAUAUUUGUCAUUUUUUGUUUAAUGAUGUCAUAAAUGAGUUUAAGUGUGUGUGUGUUAAAAAACUGUAAAUUGUUAUGUUGUUGUUGGUGUCAUCAUGGGUCAAGCUGGCUUGAUAAUUAUUUAAAAAAAAAGGAAUUUUUCUUUAAUAAAAGGGACCAAAACAUAGAGAGACUUUUAGAGAAAACGAUGGGGAACAAAAGGAUGGGAAUUAUAAACAAAAAUUUUAAACAUUUCUUUUAAAUAUCUAAAAAUUUUAAACUUUUCAAAUAGAACUCUUUCAAACACAUGCAUUUAAAGUCGGUUUAUGAAAAGCAAAGUUCUAAACAUUUCCAAAACAAUAUGGCUAGUAGUUUAUUAAAUGAUGAUGAGGAUAAUGCCACACGUAAUACACAGCAGCAGCAGCAACAGCAACAGCAACAAAAUAAUAAUAAUAUAAAUGAAACUUCCUCUAACGGCCCCAAUAAUAAUAACAACAACAACAAAAUGCAGGAUACUGAAGCAAAAUUGAAAAAACAAAAUUUGGAACAAAGAAAACAAGAAUUGGAACAAUUACUCAAUGAGAAAAGUUGGCUUUUACAACAAUUACAAAAACAAGAAAGUCAAAUAUUAAAUGGCAAUUUUGAAUAUAUGAAUUUUAAUGAUUUCAUACAAAAUCUAGCCGUACAAUAUAAACAAGAACAAACUACACAACAAACAAAAACCAAUAACGAUAAUGUUUCCUCUUUAAGUGGAACAACAAGUUCUAAUCAUUUAUCUAAUGCCGAAGAGGCAAUCUUAAGACGUAAGCCUUUAACGGCUAAAGAAAAUCAUCAAAAUAACAAUGUUUUACAUCGUAGACAAUCGGAGAUUUCUAAUAGAUCUUCAGAAUAUGAUAAUUAUCCACAACAGGAUAAUCAUUCUACACAUUCGGAGGGUAAUAGAGGGGGAGUGGUAAUGCAUGGAGCAGCACAAGCUACUCAACAAUAUGCUGCCAAAGCUGCCUUAAAGAAAAGAUCUGCCACAGUGGCAGGCACUACAGCACAAUCCUCUACUAAUUUACAAAUGAUUAGGCAACAGCAUUUGGAGCAACAACAACAACAACAAUUAUUAUAUAAACAGCAACAGCAACAACACUAUCAUCAUCCUCAACAGCAUUUGUUUAAGCCUCAACUUGAGCAUCAUCAAGUAUUAAUGCCACAUUUGCAAUAUGCCACCCAAAAGUUUUACUAUACAACACUGCAGCCACCAACAAAUUCAGCAGCAUCACAGCAAACACAGCCACCGAUACAACAGCAGCAGCAGCAACCGCAGACGCAGCAACAGCAACCUCAAUAUGGCCGUUAUAUACAAAACAAACAAAUUGCUCAACAGCAGACAUUACACCACAAUCAUGCAGCACAACAGCAACAAUUGCUGUUAACACCACCCUCCGGUUCCAGUAUAACCAUAGACAAUAUCUCUUUAUACUCUUUAAACUCCAAUAAUGUAGCCACCUUACAUCGUCCGGCCCAGCAGCAACAGCCCAUUAUUGUACAAUGUGAUAAAUACUAUUUAUCACCCACUUCACAUCAUGUCUCGCAUAAUGAUGGUGCUGGUUUUAUAAAAUCAUCACAAAAUAUUAAGGAAUACAUUUCACCCAUUAAUUCGCCACAACACAUGUCCGUAAGAGAUAAAAAUCGUGGACAAACAUCACACGUUAACUUAGCACCUAGAGGAGCUACACCAGCUUUAGAUGUUAUAUCUUUAGCUCCUUCGUAUGUAUCUAUGGAAACUAUAGAUUAUGAAUUGGCUCCAGUUGGUUCUAAUAUGAGAUGGAGAUCACAAACAAACUUGCCUCCCGCUGUAAAUCAUACUUCACAGUGCGAUAUAAAAUCACAAUCUAGCGAUAUGUUAAAUAAUAAUCAAUACUAUAAUACCGCCCUAAAUCCACCACCUCCACCGCCUAAUCCUCCAUUAUUGGUGACACAAAACACCAGCUUAAUACCACCGCCCAAUGUUACCCAAGUUAAACCUUUUAAACCUUUAGAUGAUAUAUCCACCUAUAGUAAUGAUUCGCAUAAAAAAAUUAAACCUAAACAAUGGUUGGAAUCUUCUUUAGAUGGUCCUGUUAUUAGGCAAACUCCUUCGCAAGAGGAAGCUUGUUCUACUUCUUCAUUUUCCUCUAAUAAUAACAAUAGUCAAACACGUUCCAAACUUUCUUCACAAUCUUUAAACACUUCACGCCACUAUUCCAUGUCAGCGGCUCAAUGUAAACCUCCACUACAACAACAACAGAAUGCUUCUAAUACCCACCACCACAACAAAAUAAGUCAAUCUACUUCUUAUUUAAAUCAAUUAGAUUUUGCUAAUGCUAAUAAUACCCCCUCCAACCUACCUACUACACCUUCUAUAUCUCAGGCCUAUAAUCUGGAAUUAUCACCCCAACCUUCUUCUACAGGUUAUAAGUAUAUGCCUGCUCCCAUACAACCUGCAGCACAACAAGCAGCUGCUAAUAGAAUACCUCCCUCUGCUUUAUAUGUUAAUACUUCCAAUACAAAUCAAGUACAAUCUGCCACCCCUACCCCACCUUUGGCUGCCGCCUUAUCUCCUGAUAUACGCAUAGAAUCCCCUGUUAAUAUGACUGUGGUCCAGCCAGCCACUUUUCAACCUUAUAAAGAGGUUACCAAACCAUUUGAAAUGUCAGAUUUCUAUAAGUAUUCCACCAAGUUUAGGCAAAAGGAGAACAACAAUGGGCAGAAUUAGAAAGUUUAUAAAGGAUGAGAAAAAAAACAGCUUUUGAAUUUUUUUCGGAAAAAGUUACCAAAAAAAGCAUUAAAGUUCAUAAAAAAAGUUAACAAUACAAUUUUUUGAAAAAGUU